AUGCCUCGGAUAUACGAUGGAAACAACAGAUCACAGACCCGGAAACGUUUAAAAGGACAUGAUUUGAAAAUUGGUACAUGGAAUGUUCAGACUACGAUGAGACCUGGAAAAAUGAACGAAAUUGCAAGUGAAAUGAUGAAAAACAAUUUAGAUAUAAUAGCUUUACAAGAAAUAAGAUGGAUGGGAUAUGGAAAAAUAAAUAAACCCGAUUUCUCUAUAUAUUACAGCGGGGAUAAUUUUAGAUCUGGAAUGUGCGGCACAGAGGAAGCAAAUGAUGACGAAAAGGAUGAAUUUUACGAAGAAUUGAACAAUUUAUGUGAAGGAAUACCUGACUAUGAUACAUUAAUUAUAGCAGGUGAUCUAAAUGCGAAGAUUGGUAGGGAACGGUGUAUACAACAAGUGGCUGGAAGAUUUUCGUUGCACAAUGAGACGAAUGAAAAUGGAAGGCGUUUAUAUCAAUUUGCUAAUGAGAAUAAUCUAAGAAUAAGGAGUACAGCUUUUGAAAGAAAAAAUAUACAUAAAGGAACAUGGAAGGUUCCAGAAAGAAAUGUAGUGAACCAAAUAGAUCAUGUACUAAUAUCAAAGAGAUGGGCAACAUCAAUAAUUGAUGUGCGAACUUACAAAGGUGCAAAUUGUGACAGCAAUCAUUUUCUGGUCGUAUCAAAACUGCGACAGAGAAUCUCCAAUGUAGUAAAGCAGAAAGGAGUAAAAAGAAGAAAAUGGAAUACGGAUAAUUUAAAAAAUGAAGGUACAAAUGAGAAUUUCCGUAAUAUUGUAGAAAGAAGACUUGAAGGUGAAAUAAAUAACGCAAGAAGUAUCGAUGAAGAAUGGGAUCAGAUGGAAAAUGCGAUGAGGAGAACAGCAGAAGAAAUAGUAGGCUAA